AUGCUCGGGUCUCGUCUCCUCGCCGCCCUCUGGGGCGCGCUAUGCUUCCUAUUGGGCCCGGCGGCGGCCUUUACCAACCCGAUCCGCAGCUCGGGCGGCAGCGACCCCUUUCUCGUCUACACGGGCGGCUACUUUUACCUCAUGACGACGACGUGGACCGACGUCGAGAUUGCGCGGGCCACGACGAUUGACGGGCUCAAGACGGCGACCAAAAAGGUCGUCUACAGCACCUCUACGGCGUCGCGCUGCUGCAAUGUCUGGGCGCCCGAGGUUCACUACUUUGACGGGACAUGGUAUAUCUACUAUACCGCUGGUGAUUCGGCUGAUUUGGAUGGCCAGAACAUCCAUGUUCUCAAGGGCGGCGCGACACCAUACGAUAGUUUCACCUACGCCGCACAGCUGACCAGCCAAUGGACCAUUGACGCCUCGAUCCUGCGGACGAGCGCCUAUGGCAACUUUCUCAUGAGCUCGUGCUUCAACGGCAACACGUACCAGUCCAUCUGCCUGCAGAAGCUGGGGUCCGACUACAUCUCGGUGACGGGGUCCGUGUACACCAUUUCGCAGCCGACGGAGUCGUGGGAGACGGUCUCGUACCCCGUCAACGAGGGGCCCGCGGCCCUCUACUACGGCGGCAAGACGUACAUAAGCUACUCGGCCUCGUACUGCUGGUCGGCCUCGUACUGCCUCGGCCUGCUGACCUGGGACGGCAGCACCAGCCCCACGUCGGCGUCGGCCUGGACAAAGUCGAGCGGCUGCGUCCUGGCCAGCGCCAAUGGCAACUACGGCACGGGUCACAAUGGCUUCUUUCAAAGCCCCGACGCCACGCAGACUUGGAUCGUCUAUCAUGCCACCUCGAAUAGCGCCGGGGCUUGCGAUGAUUCGCGGUAUACCAUGGUUCAGCUAUUGGGCACGCACUCGGAUGGCUCACCCAAUUUUGGUACGCCGGUGGACUUUGCGCAUGUUUAUAGCGAACCUAGUGGAGAAUGA